CUCUCACAUAAGAAGAAAAGCCAAACACUUUCAAAAGGACUUUUGCCCUUCAAAAGUCCUUUUACCCUCAAAAUAAGGAACCCCAAACACCCUCUAAUUCAGCUUAUCUUCUUCUUCUUCAUAUCUAUCAGUUUCCAAAAUCAAAUUAUUCAACUUCAAAAUUAAAACUAAAUUAUGAACAUAUGCAGCAGUGCAUUCAAUCACUGUUCUUCCAUUUCACCAAAUCAAAAAAUGUUACCUAAAUUCGUUCUUCGAACCGAACGAACAAAAUUUUAUAUUCGUGCCGGUGCCGGUGACGGUGAUGGUGACGGCGGUGGCGGUUCGGUGGUUGAUGACGUCAGAGGAUCAGGUACGACGGCGAGAGGACGGAGAUUGCUUAGGGUUCGAGAAGAAAAACGGAAACGUGAAUAUGAUCGGCUUCAUAACUAUCCUUCUUGGGCGAAAGUGUUGGAAGAUGCAGCAAAAAAUGAUGUUGAACUUAGGAAUGUGUUGGGUGAUAGCAUUGGGAAGCCAGAGCAGAUGAGAAAGAAGGUCGAAGAUAGAAUCCGGAAAAAAGGGCGAGAUUUUCACAAGGCUAAAACGGGUUCCGUUGUUGCUUUCAAAGUCACCUUUAGAGACUUCAGUCCCGUUGGUUCCAAUAUAUGGUUCAAGUUAUACGGACCACCUUCUGAUCGGGACGUUGACCUGAUUGGCAGUGUUAUUCAGUCAUGGUACGUCUUGGGCCGUUUGGGUGCAUAUAAUUCAUCUAAUUUGCAGUUGGCAAAUGCAUCAAUGGAAUACAACCCUCUCUAUGAUGCAGAUAAGGGAUUCAGUGUGAUGCCGUCUUCGUUUCACGAUAUCGGUGAUGUUGAGUUUCAGGACAACUGGGGACGGGUUUGGGUAGACAUUGGUACUUCGGAUUACUUUGCUCUUGAUGUGCUGCUUAAUUGCCUCACUGUACUAAGUUCCGAGUAUUUGGGUAUACAACAGGUAGUCUUUGGAGGUCGGUCAAUGGGUGAUUGGGAAGAGGGAAUGAAAAACCCUGAAGACGGAUACAAGUACUUUAAGAUCUAAAGGUCGUUACGUUAUGUUUCACAAAGUGCAUCUAUGGAAACACACUCAGAAGUAAGAUCUGAUCAAGUGCAGUCAGUGGACCUGUGAAUCCCACAAAGGAGGUUAGGUUAGCCCGGAGAUGGUUAUUCGGUUAGACUACAUGUAUAGAAUAGUUUUAUAAUGUGUAUGUUGUGGUUAUUGUGUUUUAUAUCUGCCAUGGUUUGGACUUUGGACCUGAUUGGCUAGAUAGAGGUGGCAAUAAGUGAACGGGUUGGUUAAGGUUAUCUUUUUAUCUCUAACAGGUCAAUAGCUAGAAUAUAGCUAGCUUACUUA